CACAGGGUGGGUUAGGAUGUGAUUUAGCCUGUUCAUGGAUGGUACUUGAAAGUGCAAGCUACCGUCCACACCCCUUAGCAUCGGCUUUAGCAGAAUUCAAAUUGAAUAAUUGUUUGUCUCUGAGCAAUAUUGUAAAUAAAAUAGAAGAAAAACAACACUUUAUUAUUUACCAGUUAGUUCAGAAAACUGAAACGUAUUAUUAAAGUGACAUUAUGCUCAUAUUUUCAUAGUCAAUAUGAGCUAAAUUGACUUAACAUUUCAAAAGAUUGACAAUUUAAAUGGUGUUUGACAAAUAGUUUAUAUUGGAAAAUGUUUAGGGUAAAAUUUAAAAUCUGCCUAAAAUAUAAAAAGACUGCCCCACUCUUUUUAUAAACUGAACGUUACAGGUAAAUUCUAAAUGAUAUUUACAGAAAUUUCGUUUGGAUACGGGGGUUAUUUAGUGUUUAUGCGAAGUAAAUUAUUAAAUCAGAAGGAUUUAUGGCAAAAUGAAAAUCUAUUUGGACUCUCACAUGUUCACUCACUCUCACCUUUAGAUGGGCAUCAUGUCACUUUAAAUGUUUAUGUUGAUAAAUUAGUUUUCUCUUUUUCAGUUUUCAUAGUUAUCCAGCAAUAUUGAGUUUACUACUGUAAUUCAGCUCAAUGUAUGAGAAAAAACAGUGUACUCUCUCAAAAGAUCUGCAAGAGACGAGAAGCAAGGGCAACCAGUUUUACUAGCCAUGUUUCUGUACAUAACAAAUCAAAGUCAAAUUCUAAUCAACGUUUAUCUUCACCAGCAACUCCAGUACAUUCCCAAUAUUCAAUCACGUCGAGUUCACACAUUUUAGAACCAAGUGAAACAGCAUAUUUUACCAGUUCUCUAAAUGAAGGAUAUGGGAACGUCGAAGAAGUUUCUGAAAACUUUUCUUUUGACACAAACGUUCUUAAUGAAAAUGACGAAGAAGAAAUUUUUAUAGCAACCCCUUUAGAACUGGGUUAUUUUCCUGCUUCUGAUACAAAUGAUAAAGAAUUUGAUUUUGAUUCAUCUAAAACCUGUUUUUCAACAUUAGAUUCAAUAGAAACAUAUACUUCUCCUUAUCAUUCCAAGCUUUCUAGUAACUCUGACAGUGACUCAGAUACAGAGGUUAUAUUUGAGAUAUUUCCUGAUACUUCAUCCGACGAAGAUUACUCUUCCGUAACUUCACCGAAGUAUAAUGAUAAAGAACCAUUAACAUACGGAAAUUUGCCCAACUUUGACGAACUUGAACCAGUAAAGAAGGAAAAAGAAUUGUUUAAGCCUCCGGUAAAUCCGUUAGUUUCUAAAAGAAUCCCAACAGCAACAUCAACUUUUUCGUUAGAAUCAAACGAAGAAGAAUCAUCAUAUAUCUCUGACAAAUCGCAUUCUUCAGUUAAAGACGGUCAUAAGAAAGUGAAACGUGAAACAUCAAUAACAGCAGACGAAAAGAAGACUGCAACAUUUUGUUCAACAAAUAUUCAGACAGCGUUGUUAAGUAAAAUAACACCAGAUAGAAAAAGUAAGAAAGUACACAACAGUCCUUUCGACGAGUUUCUGAAAAUGCAAUUACAAAGGAAAGCUCUACAUACAGAAGUACCUGGGUCUAAAUCAGGACAUGACAGGGAUAUAGAAGUGGACCUUGAAAACUUUGAGACUGAGGUUGGCAAAGCGUUUGAAGAGUCAGUGAGUGAAGGAUCGUUAAUGCCAUUACUAAAACAGGAACUUCAAUGUAAAAUACAGGUCAGGCGUUUAUCAAUGGGACAAUCUGAGUUAGUGCUUGAACCUGAAGAGCCGAAGGUUUAUAAACUUACAGAAGAUGAAAUAAAAAAGAAACAAGCACGCCUAGAACAAAACCGUAGAUCGGCAAAAAAAUCGAGACACAAAGCAAGAAAACAUGAACAGAAUCUUUUAAAUCACAUCAAAAAGGCAAUGACAAAAAAUACAAAACUGCGAAAAGAAGUUUCAAAACUGCAGACGAUAAGAGACAAGUAUAAAAAGACGUUUGAUCUUCACAUGAUGUCCUGUACAGCAACAAGUUCUUCAACGCCGCCAUAGCCGAGUGUCAGAUUAUCAUAGCUUCAGCUGGCUGAAAACUUUGGCAUAGAGAAAGUUUUAAUGGGCAUUACUUUAACACGCUUGAUUUAUCCAACAAUUUUAAAGAUAUGUAUACUAUUUUCACACGUACUGUGAAUACUUUAAACAUGUCACUACUAUUUGACCGUGCACAUGCUUUUCGUUUAUUUUUUUAAUAUUUUCUCUCUCAAAAAAGGCUUUUUAGAUGUGGUUUGUUGGACGAAAAAAUAACAAAGAGUGUUAGAACUAUGUACGUAAUAAAAGUGGUUGAUUUACUGGUUUACGCAUUAAAUGUCAACAGAUGUAUUGUAUUCCGUUCAAAAUAAUAGAUAAUAAAUACGUUUUUAAGGAACCAGCUCUGAAAACUGGUCAUGACUGGUACCUGAAACUUGUAUGUGAUGCAGUACAUUUGAUUGUAUAUACAAAUGUAAAUAUAAAGUAGGGUUUUUCUAAAGAAGAUUGUAAAACGAAACAUCUCUUAUAGAUAUUGAGUAAUUUGUACAAUUGAUUGAUCAAAACAAUGAACAGAUAAAUCAUGUUUACGUCCCUUUUCUAUCUAUGAAUUUAGUAAAUGUAAGAAUCUGUAUCCAAAUAUCUCAUUCUUUUCAUUGCUUUCAUAUUUCAGUCCAUAAAUUGUAACACUAAUUUUUAAGUACUGACUGCUUCAAGAGAUAUUAAUAAAAAUACAUUGAC